CAUCCGUUUAAACCAUUACAUUACUACCUACUCUCCACGUGCUAUGAUGUAAAAGUGGCUAAAAGGGAACUUUUACACGCAGGUAGAAAGUAUUGGGCAUCUGUUUGGGAGAUAUGAAGAAGGAAAGGGUGUCAAAGAGCAAAGGCAAGAAAAUGCAGGAAAAAUCUUUGAAAUACACAAAGAAAUCAGAGGAUGCAGGGACAGACAAGAGAGAGCAGGAAGCACAUUUGGAAGCAGUCGAGAAAGAAAAGAAGUUGCAGAAAUCUUGUUUGGAUGUGAUGAAGAAGGAAGAGGUGCUGAAAACUCUACAAUUAUUAUUAAUGUCGGUGAAAAAAGACAAAAAGAAAUCUCUCCUUUCUGAUGACAAAGAGGAAAUAUGCUUACAGUUUGCUGUGAAGAAGAUUCCCAGUGUCAAAAACAAAAUUGUCAAACUGAGGUUACCACAUUCAGUGUGGACACCAGAACAGGAGGUUUGCCUCUUUGUAAAGGACCUUGACAAAUCUUCCAGGGAACACGAGGUGACAGAACAGCACUAUAAAGAUCUGUUGGCAUCCAUAGGAAUCAGUUGUAUAACUCAGGUCAUACCCUUGAAGUGUCUGAAGCUGGAGUAUAAGCCAUUUGAGGCAAAGCGAAAUCUGUCCAAUAUGUUUGAUCUGUUUGUGGCAGAUGAGAGGGUCAUACGCCUUUUACCUUCUUUGCUUGGGAAAAACUUCUAUGGAAAGAAAAAGCAUCCAAUUCAAGUCAACAUGAAAGCAACAAACUUAAAAAGUGAAAUUGAAAAGGUGGUGUAUGACAGCAGAUGUAUAAUUACUGGUCAUGGAGCAUCGAGUUCAGCAACUAUAGGGCACUCGGAUAUGUCGGCGGAGCAGCUGGCUGAAAAUGUCAUGAAAGCAUUGGAGUCUAUAUCUGUGGCACUUCCUGGAGGGCCAGCCAACAUACAGAGUGUUUAUGUGCGCACAGAAAAGUCCCUUGCUCUUCCUCUUUAUGCAACAUUCAGUUCUAAAAAGGAAGUGAAAUUUCCCAAAAAGCCAGAAAAACCAAGUCCUGUGGUUGGAGAGAUCAGCACCCUUAUGAAUGGACAUGUGCUUGUUACAAAUAUGGGUCAAGUCAAAGUGGGAACGCUGGAUGAUGACGGACAAUUCACUGGCAUGAGAAGGAAGAAAAUACCAAAGAGAACGACCAAACGAAAGAUGGAUGAGGAGUCUGAUGAUGAAAUGCAGUUUGAACAGGUUGAGAAAAAAAAGAGGAAAACAAGUUUCAAAAAAGGCAAAGAUUCCAACAAGAAAAGCAAAACAUUAGAUACUAAAAAAACAAAGGACAGUGUUUCUUCUGAAGUUACAUCAGAAGUUGUUACAAAUGUGACAUCUGAAGUCACACCAGAAAUGGAAAAAGUUAAAUCUUCUAAAGCUGCAUCUAAAAAGGGAAAGAAAGUGUUGUCUAAAGCCACACCAGAGAAGAGCAAAAAUUUGUCUUCAGUAACUGCAACAAAUGAUAGUGGGAAAAGUUUGAUGAAAAAAUCCAAAAUUAAGAAGAGGAAAAGUUAAGCAGUACCAACAUAAGUACAUCAAGUACAAUUCACUUAGCUGUCUACACUAACAAUGUUCAGUGAACAGGUGAAUUGGAAAAGAAUAACUUAUUGCAAUAUAGUGAAUAAUAAAAGCAGUCAUUGCCAGUUACUUCCCAACUGUACUGGAUGAAGAGAAAUGUUAACAAUGCCAUGGACCGAUCAUUUUGUUCUUUUUAGCAUUAGCGUUUCAAACGAGCUGAAAUGCUAUUGCAUCCUGUUUUUAAUUUGUCAUACAUUGUUUAUUUACAUGUUACAAAAUGAAUUUCAAAAUCAAAUACUGUUCAAGGAUUUCCAAUAAAAGUUUGUGGCUGCUA